UGUGGCAUAAAAUAAGACUCGAGGUGGAAUUGCAAGAAAAGGAGGUCUACAUUCACAUUUAAAGUUUUCAAAAAAACUUCAAAAUAUAGAGAUCGGUCGGUUACAGUUCAACUAGCCGUAAAUCACCGCUUUGAUCGAUCGCUGGAGGCCAGAGACACACACAUUUCAUUUGCCUAUUGGCGAGGCCACCAUCACGCUACAAGAUGUGGAGGUUAUGUUUGGAUUGCUAGUUGACGGUCUUGCAGUCCAUUCCCCGCCUGUGAUUAGGGAGUUUAGGAGGCCCGAGUAUCUACAGCUGCUGGAGAGGCUUACCGAAUUUCGUCCGGCUGAGGAGACUGCUAUUAGUGGGAUUAGUCGGUUACAGUUAUUGCCUGUUAGGCAACAUCUGGAGGCGCUACAUGAGCACAUCACGAAUCAGACCCCGGAUAAGGGUAUUGAGCAGCAGUCUAGGCUAUUGUUAUUGAUGAUAUUUGGUGGGAUUCUUUUCCCGAACACAUCGGGAAACCUCGUGAACUUACAUUUCCUGGCACAUCUGGAGCAGCUAGACGACUUACCGUUGUACAGUUGGGGCGGUGCCGUUCUAGCGUACCUGUAUAGGCAGCUAUGCAGGGUGUCGAUGGGCAGCGUGAGGGACGUUGCUGGAUUCCUUCCGCUUCAACAGGUUUGGGCUUGAGAGAGAUACUUGCAGAUGCAACCCCCUCCUCGACCAGUAGAUCUGGAUGCACUACCACCACCGCUACUACCCCAUGCGAGGAGGUGGGUCGAUAGGAGAGGUUGUGCCCGCGACGUUGAGGCUCGACAUCACCUCCCGCUCUAUAGGGAUAUAUUGGAUCUCCUGGAUGGUGAUCACGUAAAUAUCCGACUUAGUACAUUUGUUAAUAUUUUAUUUGUCUUGUGUUUACUUACUUAUCUUGCGUUUACUCAAAAUUUCGUAUGGAGGCCAUAUAGCAACGAGAUCAUUGCCAGCUUGCCAGAGUACUGCUCACGAGGUCGAGCUGUGUGAUUUUCUGAGGUCCCACUAAUCUGCCUCGAUAUAGUAGAGCAUCAUCCGACGGGGCAAGUCUUACGAUAGUUUGGCCGACCACAACAUAUACCUGCUCAUCCCAGUUGGCAAGCCACUCAUUACGGGCGGGAUGAUCGUAGUCAAGUUGAACAGGAGUACUUGGCUUGGCUCGAGGCUCGGAUAGAGGGAUGGGGUCUGAGGCUUUUCAUGUUUCCGCCAGACCAUCCACAUGACGAUGUUGACGAUGACAAGCACAUGGCUUGGUAUCAUCGUGUUACUCGCACUCAGAUUGAUAAUCCUGAUCAUCGGCAGAGUCACUGAUAUGUUCCAUAUGUCGGGAGGCACGAGGCACUAGGACGUUAUUUGAUCUACUUACAUAUUAUAUGUGAUUUACUUAAUUUCUUUAAUUAAUAUGUUACAUUGUAUGUAGGUUGUGGGCUUACACCGUAUUCACCA